AUGGGAUCGGGUGCCGGCGCCAAACAAGCGCCACUACCAGAACCAGAGGUUAAAGGCGAUUCAGCAUCACCGGCAGCCGAAGCACCGACUGUAGAUUCGCGACUACCAUAUCCGAAUUUUCGUGAGCUUUUUACACUGAAAAACUACUGGAAAACAAUAAGACGAAGUGAGAAGGAGUGCGGCAAAGUGCUGCUUGCCAAUUGUCUUCAUGCUUUCUGCUGGAAUCUCCGCGACAAGAUCUGUGACUGGAGUGGAGUGACUAAGGACGGCGGUGAUUUGCAUGCUCAGGUGUCCAAGGAAACGAGCUCUUGA